AAUCCCCCAAUUUUUUCUUAUCAAAUCAAAUUAAUAAUAAUAACCCCGUAAAUUUAUUUAUUUUUCAUCAUCAUAAACAAAAAGAUUGGAAUUUUGGCGCAGAAUCCAGAAACCCAGAUCAAAACUGAUCCGAAAACCCAUCAAAUCAAUACUAACAAAACAAAACUCAGAUUUUCUGUUUUCCACACAACACAAUCAUAGAAGCUCCACAAUUAACGUUUAUUAUAACAUUCCAAAGUUUUUCGUGUUCCUAAUAGCUAACGUUGUAUUGUAUUGUUACAACCAUGAAGCUGUCACUGUACCAGAAUUGAAUAUCUUAAUCCCAAAACCAAAUAAAAUGCGGAGGGUACUUGGGAAGAUUACUGGGUUGUUCACCAAUCGAACUGUUGCUGGAGUGGACAAAGUUGGGAACAAAUAUUUCACCAAAAAUGAACAAAUUGAUGGCAUCAUGAAAGAGAAAAGAUGGGUGGUGUUUAAGGGAGAGCAUGAUCCUACCUCCAUUCCAGUUGAAUGGAUAUGUUGGCUCAAUGGGCAGCGUAAAAGGGCUCCAACUCCAGAGGAACAAAUAGAAUUGGAAGCAAGACGUGAACAAGUUAGACAGAAUGUUGCUCUUCUUAAGAAAGAAGAAGAGGAAAGGAAAGCCAACGAAGGAAAUAGAGUCAGACGUGUUGUCAGCACUGGAGUUGUUAGUGGUCCAGACUUAAACAGUUUUAUGCGGCAGUUUCCAGUUGCUUCCGAAGGUAACGGGGUUGAAGAAUCAUCUGGCACAAAGGAUGACUUGAGGAAUUUUCAAGAUAACAUAGAUAAGAAUGCAAAAGAUGAGCUUGAUUCUUCAGAACCAACUGGGUCAGGUGCAAGUUAUAGACCUGGAACAUGGCAACCUCCAACUUGAACUUUCAUAAAUCAUCACAAUUAAGGAAGGGUCUUGCUGACACAACAUUUGUUGAUUUUACCUCAUGCCCUAUUUCGAAAAGCCGUGCAUGAUGUUUUAUUUAUUGCCCUGGAAUUUUGGUAUAACUUAUGUGUUUGUGUGCUAAUUUCUCGGAAUUGUAAUUCAUUGAUUUGCAGUGCGUUUUGCCCUGCUGAGUAACCUAGUUCUUUCCAAAUAAUCUUUGUUUUGAUGCAUUGUGAUGUCUCAAAUCUAACAUUAAGAAAGGCAGGAUGUUAAUGUAAAUGUGUACUUUCGGGCGACCUUGCAAGUAAGGACUCUUGCCUGAGUCUGAUCUGUAAACCUGUAAUGCCACAGAAUUCCAAUCUAAGGUGCUGUCUUAGCUAUUUGUCUAUGAAAAUAUGGAAGGUAGUGUUAGAUUGUUA